AUGAAUGAGCAAGAAGUGCGUCGGAUGCAGAAAGUAGCGGUCUGCAAUUUAAAAAUGGAAUGCCCACCGGAUAUUUUAAAAAGGUUCGCGAUUGAAUCGCUCAAUUUCGACAACAAACUAGGUAAUUUGUCGGAAAAGGAAGCAAUUGAUAUAAUGAUCUCAAAAGAGGAAGCUGAACGUCUAUCAUUGGGAGUGGUAUAUAAUAUGGUAACAUCAGCGGAAAACCCAGAGAAAUUUAAUAAGAUGAUACGUUAUGUUGUUGGGGCAGGACCCGAUUUCUGGCAUCUCGUUUUAUGUAAUAUGAAUAUGAUAAUUCUUGAAUUGUGGAAUGUGAUUCAUCAACACUGUAAAGAGCAGCUCAUUCGUCUUAUUGGAGAAGCGAUGCGCUUAAACGUCAAAUCGAUUGAAAACGUCAUGUUGAAUGUGUUUCGUGCUCUGAAUGGACUGGGCGAUUGGCCGUCAAAAACGCGAAUUCUGUCGCUGGCAAUGAGCGUAAUGCGAGACAGCGAGAUGUGGUACAAGACAGUGAAAUCGUGUGCGGGCCUCACGAUGAUGAUUCUCAGCACCGUUGCGCAUGUUAUUGCCGACACGCCGGUUCCUAUGACGCACACCGACACGUUCCGAACGCAGCUCAUCAAUUUCUUCGCAUGGGCUAUCAAAAUUCGCAAAAUCGAAUGCUACACACUUGGCCGUGAUUUUCUGUUAGUACUAUCUCGUGUUGGAAGGCUACCGCAAAUUGACGAAAUUUGGAAAGAGCUAUACACAAGUCCACUAUUAUUCGGAGUUGGCAGCAUUGAAGAUCUUCUUUCGAAACCGAAUCAAUUGAAUAAUUUUCGAAUUUCAACGGAAUUGCAGAGAAAGAUUGAAUUUCUGCUGUGUAGUGCGAACAACAAAAAUAUUUUCACAUAUUUCGAUUGGCUAAGAAAAUAUUUUCGAUGUCCUGAUAACACGAGUAUACGAGCCGAGAUCAUUCGAUACCUUUGUAUGACACCGCUGGACGGAAAACCGCCUUGUGCUUAUGAUAAUCGAACAAUUCUUAUUCAUUUGCUGAUCACAACCGGAAAUCCAGGAGCUGAUCAACAAUGGCUCAAAUUCUGCGUGAUCUUCGAUUGGUUUUCGUGUGACGAAAGAUAUCCGAUUGAUAAAACGCAAAAUGUUGAAAUCCUAUUGUCUCUUGUCAGAUAUGCACUUUCCCUUCCCGUUGCGCCAAACUCUGCAUCGGUGGGUCAAGCAUUCGCCAAUUCGCUUCUCGAAUAUUUAUGCAAGAGUGUUGAUUUGUUCAUCCCUCCGCUGGCCGAGCCAAUUCGUCGAAAUGCGAAUUACGCGAUGCGAAUAUGUCGCGACCGAUUCCAACAUGGUCUUCCGCAGAUUUUAGAACACUUUAAAAUCGAUCGAAGAGUUGGCGACAUGCUACGAUCGGUAUUCCCUGAUUUUAUGCGACAACCUAAUUUGAAGAAAAAAGAUGGAAAAGAAAUGAUGAGAAGGCCUGAAAAACAACCGGAGAGGAAUGUUGAGCCGCCAACAGCUCAUCACCAUCAGCACCAUGAAGUUGAGCAACAUCCACCACCGAAAUUGACGGUAGCAGAGAUGAAAAGGUUGCAAAAGGAGAAGGAGGAGAAAGAAGAAGCUGAGUUGACAUCAUUGAUUCAGUUGCUCAAAGGAGAUAUCAAAGCCAAAAUGGAAGCGUUAAAGAAUGAAUACAAGGAAUUGUCCGAUGAUGCCGAUAAAUGUGAAGCAGUUGAAGUUGUACUGAAUGCCAUGUUCAAAAUUGAAAAUAAAAUGGAUGAUGCGCAACAGGAAAUUGCCGCACAAUGUUUAUUAGGAAUUAUUGGAUCGGUUGUGGUUGAAGAUAAAUCCCUUUUGCCCGAAGUUGUCAACGAGAAACAAUUGGAGGAAGCGUUUACACAUCCGAUUUACUCUAUUCUCAGAACACUUUGUUUUCCGCCAUCAAAUGAGCCCACAGCAACGGAAGUGAUGACGAAUUUGAUGGCGGCGAUGCGAGAAAAAGAUCCAACAAUCACCUAUGUAUUUUUGUAUUUUAUUAAAGGCGCAGUCGAACGACCUCAAACACCAUUGAACUGCUAUAGGGAAGUGGCACGGGUUAUCGAUAAAACGGUCGUUGAAAUGAUUUGUGCUGAUUUACAGCUUUGCGCUGUCAAUGAUUCCCGGUUAUUCUCAUAUUUGGUGCCAUUUGUGUGCGAUCAAUUCGAAAGUGAAUUCAUUGAGAAUCCUCAGAUUUUAUACGUGGUAUGCAAUAAUUUAGACGGUAAUCAACUUAGUACAUUUAUCGGUCAAAUUAUACGGGAAGAAAUUCGAUUAUUUCGAAAAGACUCAUUCAUCAAUACGUUAUUCGCUUCUGUUGAAUGGCCGACGACGGCACAAUGGGUAUUCUGGCAGCUCGUUCAAGUUGAUGGUGUCGCCAUAGAAUGGUUUGUGCAAAUUAUUCCGAGACUUGAGGCUUCUAAACACGAAGAAGCGAUAUCGAAUGUUUUAUUGAUGAUGAAACAUAUGGACCGUGAGCCCUGGCCAGGAUUAAUCAGGUCGAUAUUCUCAAGAACACCAGCACGGGAUGAUACUUUUACGAUUGAUGCUUUAAAGGUUCUCAUCGAGGAUCCUGAACAACGAACGAAGGUUUCGGAGCUCGUCGGAGCACUGAUUAGGAAAUUAUUAUGUAAUAAUGAGCUGGUGCCGCAAAAGCCGUUAAAAAAGGGUGCUGCUGUGAAAUUGUGCCUUCAACAGGUCAUCGAGCAUCUCUCACACUUUAGCGAUUCUUGUAUUGAGAAGAAGCAACGGGUCACCGAAUCGUUUUUUUCGAAAACUCACAUGCAGGAGGCGUUUGGUGCCGUCAAAUUAAAUGACAAGGCCACGUUUUUAACGAAACGAUUCCACAAUUUGUUCGGUGUUAUGGAUAUUCUGGCCGCCGAAGUUAAAGAACAUUCAUCGAGAACAUUGAGAAACAACAGGCAGGGAUCUGCGUCAUCGGGCACCGAACGUCAGCAACAACUCAAAAGAAAAUUGGCAAACGACAACGAGGUUUGA